GGCGGUUGUCAUGGUAACGGCGCUCCAGCCGCAGUGAGAGGCGGUGAGUCACCGAACGGUAAGCGCGCGCGCGACGGCUGCAGCCCGAUACCGAACCCAAACCGAGGACGCGCCGAACCGCAGCUCCUGGUCACGGUCAACAACACCAACAACGACGGGGCGGCUUCUUCUUCGGCGCCUCUGGACUGACGGAGGGGGAGCGGGGGCGGGGGCACCAAUGGUGUCAUGUCGCCUCUGCCUGACGGACCGCAGCGCGCGCGGUGACAGCUGGAGGCCGAUCUGCGGAGCGCCUCUGCAUGCCCAUCCCCGCAUCCCGCCGCGCGACAGCCUGAAAGCAUCCGGAGCUGCAACCGCCGCGCGCGGGCGUCCCGCACAAGAGCCUGGAUGCGGCACAGUUGCUCCAAACAGAGGCAACCUGCAGCAGCAACAUGGCUGACGCGAGCAACAAUUAGUCACUCGACCUUUGCGGUUCCUGAGACAUUCUCCCCGCAACAACUGCAGCCUCCUGAGCAGUCUGGUUACAGUCUCAGCUGAGCUCCAUCCAUUCCUGCUCCAAGAACCGAGCCCAGGAGGCCCAGGAUGAGCCUGCUGAAGGAGGCUGAGCUCGGCCUGGAGGUGGGCGCCAAGGUACAGACCUGGGCCCAGUCUCUAGUUUACACCGUGGAAGAACUGGAGUGUAAAAUCUGCUACAACCGCUAUGACACUCGCAGCAGAAAACCCAAGCUUCUGGGCUGCCUGCACAGAGUCUGUGCCAAGUGUCUGAAGAAGAUGGUGGACAUGGGAGAGUCUUCCCCCUCGGUCAUCAGCUGUCCCUUCUGUCGCCAUGAGACCUACGUUCCUGAUGAAGAGGUGUGGUUGAUGGAGGAUGACCGACACAUCCUGGCUGUGCUGUCAUGUCAGGAUCGAGCCCAGAGACAGGAGGGAGGCAAAAUGGAGGUGGUUCUGAGUCCCUCGGGUCUUUCUGGAGGAGGAGCAGGAGGAAGUGCGGAGGCAUCCCACCACUCUUCAGACUGUCUGGUCAUCACGAUCAUGGAGCUUCCUGAUGACUCUCCUUCCUCAGACUCGCUCAGUAUGUUCAACUUGGUGGGCCUGUACCGCCCCCCCAGCCUGGAUUCUCUGCCCUGCAACCUGCCAGCUCAUAAGUUUCAUGCUUGGAGUUCCCGCAGCUUCCCCCGCUGCCUGCUGGGAGCAUUGUGUCUGGUGUUCUUCAGCUCGCUGCCUUUAGGGAUCUACCUGCUGAUGGUUGGUCAGCUGUGGCUGGGCGUGGUCCUCAUCAGCCUGGUUCCAUGCACGUUGCUGCUGCUUAUUCUCUACUGCUUCUGCCAGUGUUUGUGCCACGAGCUCAUGGAGGAGGUUACCGCACGCAGGCGCCCGCAGCCUUGAUGACGGCAGAAACAGGUUUGAUGCUGCAAGGACCGCAGAACACCUGCCAUGGCAGCAGCAUGUGAGACAACACGACAGCACGCUGCCACCACGACUGUGACUGCCAGGCUCAGAGCUGUGCCGAAGUCCAUGCACGCUGCCACGAGCACAACAUCACAAAAACUGUUUGCACUACGUAACUGCACUCUGUCACGAUGACAGGACCACAACGCCAUGGCGCCACUGCAACGACCAUUAUGAUGCCAUACUAUAAGCAGGACAGCAGUGAAGGGACAUGGACGACAAGAGCUAGAACCAUGUGGACCGAGCCAACAGAACGUUCUCUGAACACCAGUGAACCGCAUUUCUGAAACAGCCUAUCAGCAAGGGAGCAGAAGACGUAGACAUCAGUUUUUCCUCUUUGUUUUUAUCAGAGACUGGACUGAAAUGUCUUGUCACCCUGUCAGAGGUCACGUUCAUUGAUGAUCUAGACAAGCAGUGUGUGAACAGUGUUAACACGUUAGAAAGACAUUUUAGAAACUAAAUGUACUGUAGAUACAUGCAUACCUCAGUACAAUAGCACAUUUUUAUCUCACCUGCCUCAUGUCACCAGCCUGGACUGAAAAAGACUGAGACACAACUCGGACCAAAACACAAGCCCAGACCGGGGCAGGGGAGCAACACAGCCAGAGACGACUAAACUGAGCCGAACAGAAACUUCUGGUGAAAACCUUCAGAGUUGGAGAUCAUUAUUAUAAUGGGAAGUGUCAAAAGCAUUUUGAUCAAAGAUGUGUAGUUUUAGCAGCAAGUAGGUUUGUAGUUUGUGUUCUACUUACCUCCUGCUAUCUUUAAUGCGUGGCCAAACUCCUGUUCUCAUAUUGAGUAAUGUGACAUCGUUUGAAAUUUUUUCUUUGUUUGUUUAGCUGUCGUUUUAAUCGUCACUGACCCAUUUUCACCUCCUGUUUGUGACCGGGAGAGUCCAGGUCUUUGUAGGAUCAAAUAAACUUCAUGGAGAAAUUA